UAUCAUUUAGAAUUAGCUGAAACCAAAAUUGAACCAAAAUAAUAAUGUUCAAAGGCAGAGUAUUAAUAGUUCUAAUUCCAGUGAUAUUAGCAAUUUGUCAUCAAUCAGAGGCUCAAAGUACCAUUGAAAAAGCAAAUAUUGAGUGCUUGAAAAAGUUUCCAUUGACUCCGAAUGAAAAUGCUGAUAUUGAUAAAGAAAAAUUUGAGCAAAUAUCAAAAAAUGGUAAAUGUUUUAUUGAUUGUGUUGCGAAAGAAAUGAAAUUCGUGGAGAAUGGUGCAGUCAAUCAACCUAAUAUUAUUAAUUUUUAUAAAGCAAUACAACCAAAAACCUCGCCAGACUUAAUCACCUCAAGUGUAACCAAUUGUGCAACUACUUCUUUUACUGGCAGUAAUGACUGUGACAAGUCAUUUAAUGUUUAUAAGUGUAUUGCUUUGGCUUUAUAAUGUGUGUAUGGUUAUAGAAAACAAAUUUCAUUUGAAAGAAAAUUGUAUUUUGUUAAA